AUGAAGAUAUUACUAUAUAUAUAUAUAUUUGGAUUGGCACAUGUUUUCUCAAAAAAUAUAGAAAAUAUAGACGAAAAAUCAGAUCUCACUGAUAUAAAAUCGAAAAACUUUGAUUCUUCGCAUCCAUAUGGCUUUAUUGAGGGAAUAGAAGAUGUCUUAGUUAAUGAUAAGUUUUAUACUUUGUUAAAAAGACUAGGGGCAUUUGCAUCGGCUGAAGAAAAUUCAAAAGAUACACUAAAGCCGGAAAUUCAAACACUGGCUAGAAAAAAUUUAAAUAUAACAAAAGAUGAAGAAUUUUUACUUGAAGAGUUAUCAGGGUUCUUAAAAAAUCAAUUAACUCUGUCUGCUUGUUCAAAAACAUUAGUUUUAAUUUGCCCUUUUGUUUCGUCUUAUCCAGGUAUAACUCAAUCAUUAAAGGAAUUGCUCGAAGAGAAAUGCAAAGAUCCGAAUGCGACUUGUGAAUACGCACUUGAAAAACUUAAACAAUAUUGUGAUGAUGUUAAAAAAAAUGUAGAAUCUAUUACAGAUAAAACAAAGUGUGUUUAUUAUAAAAAAAAAUGUAGUAAUCUAGUAGCCUGCAAAAAUGGAUUGAAUGUUUCUUGUAAGAAAAUGAGUGAAAAAUGCAUACUUUUGCAGAAUGCUACAAAAGGCGAAACGGAUAGUUCUACAAAAGGCGAAACGGAUAGUUCUACAAAAGGCGGAACGUAUAAUGCUACAAAAGGCGAAAAGGAUAAUGCUACAAAAGGAGGGACGGAUAAUGCUACUAAAUAUAAUGAAUCACAGAAAAAACCUUACGGUUCUCAAAUUGUCAUUGACAAGACAACACUAGAUGUGGAAACUGCACUCUAUACUCAUAAGAAGAUAUUAUAUGGAACAAAAUGUUGUAAAGACAAAUCUCGUUAUACAAAAUGCGUAUCAACAAAUUUCUUAGUAACAAGUGCCUGUAGUCCUACAAUAAGAAAAACAUAUUCAAUAGAUUCUUCUUCAGAAGUGGAUGAGAUUUCUCCACAAACGCAAUGUUCAGUUACCUUAACAUUAACUAAUAAACUAGGAGAAACAUUUAUGAAGACAAUAACACAGACAUUUAUUUCAGGAGAUAUGCACGAUAAAGGUCGUGAUAGAGGACAUGGAAUUCAGACGGAAAAGCAUCAAAAAUUAAUACUAUUUUAUAUGGUUAUAGGAAUAAUAACAGGGUUAUUGAUAAUUGUUUAAUAUAUAUUUUGAAGACAUUUAUCUAAGAAUAUAAAAAGAUAUAGAUUCACAAUUUUUGUUUUAUUAGAAUAA